AGCCUGUUAUUGUUAGGUGCGGCCUGCCGAGUAGGUUCUGACUCAUAGUGAGAUUGUGUACGACACAACAAAACACUCCCCAGUCCUUUGCUGUCCUCACGAUUGUUGCUGUAUUUGAGCCCACUGUUGCAGCCACUGUGUCAGUCCAUCUCCUUGAGGGUUUUUCUCUUUUUUGCUGACCCUCUACCAAGCAUGAUGUCCUUCUCCAGGGACUGGGCCCUCCUGAUAAUAGGUCCAAAGUACGUGAGACGAAGUCUCACCAUCCUCGCCUCUAAGGAGCACUUUGGCUGUACUUCUUCCAAGACAGACUUGUUUGUUCUUCCGGCAGUCCAUGGUAUAUUCAGUAUUCUUCUUCAGCACCAUAAUUCAAAUGUAUGAAUUCUUCUUCGGUCUUCCUUGUUCAUUCCCCAGCUUUCACAUGCAUAUGAGGUGAUUGAAAAUACCAUGACCUGGAGCACCUUAGUCCUCAAAAUGAUGUCUUUGCUUUUUAACACUUUAAAGAGGUCUUUCGCAGCAGAUUUUCUCAAUGCAAUGUCUUUUAUUUCUUUGCUUGAUAUUUUUUCUUCCCCAUCCUUUGAGUUUGUUUGUUUGUGUCUUUAAGUCUAAGGUGUGUCUCUUGCAGGCAGCAUAUAGAUGGAUCAUGUUUUUUUAAACCAUUCUACCACUCUCUGUCUCUUUAUUGGUGCAUUUAGUCCAUCCGCAUUCAGCGGAAUAAUUGAUGAGUAUGAGGUUAGUGCUGUCAUUUUGAUUUUUUUUUUGUGGGUGUGUGUUGUUGACAGUUUCUUUGUUCCACUUAAUUUUCUGUGCUGAGUCUCGUUUUUCUUUUUGUAUUUUCUUUUCAUCUUUUUCCUUGUUAAUUUUGUGUUUGGUGAGUUUGUUUUUCUUGUUUCUUAUUUUGAUGUGUAGGAUCGUUAGUUUCCUUUGUGGUUGCCUUAAUAUUUACCACUAUUUUCUAAUAUCUUAUUUCUUUAUAUCACCUUGACUUCCUCUUCAUAUGAAAGAUCUAUGGCUACAUUUUUUAGUCCUUCUUUUUUGUGUUAGUGUUGUCGUCCUUUACAUAUUGACGUCUCUGUUUUCCUAUUUUCAGUGUUUUAGCUUUGAUUUAUUUUUGUGACUUCCCUGCCUGGGUUGAUGUCUGGUUGCUCUAUCCUGUGCUCUAGCCUUGGGUUGUUACCUGAUGUUAUUGAUUUUCUAGCCAGAGGACUGUCUUUAGUAUUUCUUGUGAUUUUGGUUCGGUUUUUACAAAUUUCCUAAACUUCUGUUUUUCUAGAAAUGCCUGAGUUUCACCAUCAUAUUUGAGAGGCAGUUUUGCCGGCUAUGUAAUUCUUGGCUGGCAGUUUUUUUUCUUCAAGGCUUUAUAUAUGUCAUCCCAUUGCCUUCUUGCCUGCAUGGUUUCUCCUUUGUAGGUGACUUUUCGUUUAUACUUAGCUGCACUUAAAAUUCUCUGUUUAUCUUUGGUUUUGGCAAGUUUGAUUAUGUCUUGGUGACUUUCUUUUGGGAGCUGCCUUAUGUGGGGUUUGAUGAGCUUCUUGGAUAGAUAUCUUCUCAUCUUUCACGAUAUCAGGGAAGUUUCCUGGCAGCAAAUCUUCAACAAUCCUCACUGUAUUCUCUGAUGUCUCCCUGUUCUGGUACUUCGGUCACUUGUAAGUUAUUCCUCUUGAUAGAGUCCCACAUAAUUCUUAUGGUUUCUUCAUUUUUUAAAAAAAUUCUGUUUGUUUUUUCCUCAAAUAAGUUGGUGUCAAGUGCUUUAUCUUCAGUCUUGCUAAUUCUGACUUCCGUUGUGCCUCAAUUCUGCUUCUGUGCCUUUCUAUCAAGUUGUCUAAUUCUGAAAUUUUAUUGUUAAUUUUUUGGAUUUGUGUUUGCUGUCUCUCUGUGGGGAAACCCUGGUGGCGUAGUGGUUAAGUGCUACGCCUGCUAACCAAAAGGUCAGCAGUUCGAAUCUGCCAGGCGCUCCUUGGAGACUCUACUGGGCAUUUCUACUCUGUCCUAUAGGGUCGCUAUGAGUCAGAAUCAACUUGACGGCAGUGGGUUUGGUUUUUUUUGGAGGGGGUCUCUCUGUGGAUUCUUGCAGUCUAUUAAAUUUGUCAUUAUGCUCUUGAAUAACCUUUUUAAGUUCCUCUAUUGCUUUGUAUGUUCCUUGGCUUGCUCUGCAUUUUGCCUGAUCUUUUUCCUGAUUUCUUGAAGAGUUCUGUAUAUUAGUCUUUUGAAUUCUACCUCCGGUAAUUCCAAGAAAUUAUCUUCCUCUGCAAGGUUUUUUGAGUCUUUGUUUUGGUGGCUUCCUGAAGCCAUCAUGGUCUGCCUCUUUCUGUGAUUUGAUAUCGACUGUUGUCUCUCAGCCAUCAAUAAGUUAUUAUAUAUAUUUAUUUUAUGUUUUCUUACUGUGUCCUAGUUUCUUGUUUUGUUUUGAUAUGCCCAAAUAGGCUGGCCCUGUGAGCUAGUUUGAUUAUUGGUGUCUUUGAAGCUCUCACGUCCUGUUUCCAGGCAGCUAGAGUUGUUACUAGGUAUAUGAGCCCAGGAGUCUGUUUACUUUUCUUAUGUGGAUUCAGCUCAGGCGUCCCAGUCUUCGGUCACUGAGAGUAUGGUGCAGGCUCUCACCUAUAGCCCUAGACGGGCAGGGGUGAUUGGAGUAGGCACAGGUAUCUGGCUGCAGUAGGGGGUCAUGCGCUGAUCAAGGCAGGGGCUGACUGCUGCCCCUGAGUGUCUGGGUAGAAGGUGUGUCCCUGUUCCCUGUAGUGUGUAGGUAGGUGGGUGUUGCAGCUGGACUAUGGGCACCCAAUGCUGUUGGCUGUAAGGACUGGGAGUCACCACUUAUUCUUGGACCCCUGUCAGAGGUGGCUCAGUGGAGUGGGUGGAGCCACCAGUCCUCAGGCUUCUGAUGUGGGUAGGUGAGGACCCUGCUUAUUGGGCAGGGUGGUGUCAAAUGUCAUGAAUCUGCCAGUCCGCAUUAUAGCAGAUACGGAUGGAAAUAGACUUCAGGUAUAUACCCUGGUAUACUGUGCUAGUGAGGCCCUACACUGUUGAAAUGGCCCCACACAGCUCUACGCAGGGGUGAAAGGCAUUCAAAGCCUGAGGACACCUUAUGCCUGUGCCCAAGCAAAAGAGCUGUGUCUGCCCUGAGUUCCCAGCUUAGGGGAGCUGGCGGAUUAUUUUUUCCUGUUUGUUAAUUUGUUACCUCUCCAAAGCCAGGAGAAUGGCUCAGAGUGCAUGAUGGGGCCAGAAUUAGGUCCUAAUUCUGGCCCCGGGAGCACAGCAAUCUCUGAAGCUGGACUAGGACCUGGAGCGGAGAUGGGACGGAGCAGGCUUUGGGUGAGCGUGGAGGAUGCUCAGAUGCGCACGGUCACCAUCUGGCUCACAGUGCGCCCUGACAUGACAAUGGCUUCCCUCAAGGACAUGGUAUUCCUGGACUAUGGCUUCCCACCAGCCCUGCAGAGGUGGGUGAUUGGGCAGCGGUUGACAAGAGACCAGGAAACCCUGCACUCCCAUGGGGUGCGGCGGGAUGGGGACAGUGCCUACCUCUAUCUGCUAUCAGGCUGCAACACCUCACUCAAUCCCCAAGAGCUGCAGCGAGAGCGGCAGCUGCGGAUGUUAGAAGAUCUGGGCUUCAAGGACCUCAUGCUGCAGCCAAGGGGCCCCCUGGAGCCAGCUGCCCCCAAGCCCGGGGCAUCCCAGGAGCCUGGGCGGGGACAGCCAGAAGCUGCCCCUGAGCCCCUACCGCUGCUCUGCUCUCAGGUGGGCUGGCAGUGCCCGGGUUGCACCUUCAUCAACAAGCCCACACGGCCCGGCUGCGAGAUGUGCUGCCGGGCGCGGCCAGAGGCUUACCAGGUACCUGCCUCGUACCAGCCCGAUGAGGAGGAGCGAGCGCGCCUGGCCGGCGAGGAGGAGGCACUGCGCCAGUACCAGCAGCGGAAGCAGCAGCAGCAGGAAGGGAACUACCUGCAGCAUGUCCAGCUGGAUCAGAGGAGCCUGGUGCUGAACGCAGAACCCACCGAGUGCCCAGUGUGCUACUCGGUGCUGGGGCCCAGCGAGGCAGUGGUGCUGCGGGAAUGUCUGCAUGCCUUCUGCAGGGAGUGCCUGCAGGGCACCAUCCGGAACAGCCAGGAGGCGGAGGUCUCUUGCCCCUUCAUUGACAACACCUACUCGUGCUCGGGCAAGCUGCUGGAGAGGGAGAUUCGAGCGCUGCUGACCCCUGAGGAAUACCAGCGAUUUCUGGACCUAGGCAUCUCCAUUGCUGAAAACCGCAGUACCCUCAGCUACCACUGCAAGACCCCUGACUGCAAGGGCUGGUGCUUCUUUGAGGAUGACGUCAACGAGUUCACCUGUCCCGUGUGUUUCCACGUCAACUGCCUCCUCUGCAAGGCCAUCCACGAGCAGAUGAACUGCAAGGAGUACCAGGACGACCUGGCCCUGCGGGCUCAGAACGACAUCGCUGCCCGGCAAACAACGGAGAUGCUGAAGGUGAUGCUGCAGCAGGGUGAGGCCAUGCACUGCCCACAGUGCCGGAUCGUGGUGCAGAAGAAGGAUGGCUGUGACUGGAUCCGCUGCACCCUCUGCCACACCGAGAUCUGCUGGGUCACCAAGGGCCCUCGCUGGGGCCCGGGGGGUUGCAAGGCUAUGACCUUUCAGAAGCAGAUCGCCAGGCCUGUCUUCCGAGGCGCCACUGGAUGGGUUCCAGCAGCCAACCUUUCGGCCAGUAGUUGAGCACUUAACCGUUGGUGCUACCUGGGACUCCUUGCCCUGGAGUUGUUGUGUGCCAUCGAGUUGAUUCGGAAUCAUAGCGACCCUAUAGGGUAGAGUGUAACUGCCUUGUCGGGUUUCUUAGGCUGUAAUCUUUAUGGGAACAGAUCCCCAGGUCAUUUCUCCCACGGAGUGGCUGGUGGCUUCGAACUGCCGACCUUUUGGUUAGCUGAGCACGUAGCCGUUGUGCCACCAGGGCUUCUUUGCCCUAGAGUACCAAAAAAAAAAAAACAAA